CUUGAGAGAUCAAUUGCUUCACCACGCCGGCUGAAGGACCGCACAUCGCCUAUGCCCCUAUCCUCGACCAUGAUCUCGAGAACCUCCCUCGCGAGAACCGCGCAGCAGGUCGUCCGGCGCUCCUGCAGCGUGCAGCCGCUCCAGCGCCGCGGCUUUGCCGCCGCCGCCUCGACCGGCUCCUUCGACACGGCGGACGUCUCUGGCCUCAAGGUUGCUUCGCGGGACGGCCAUGGCCCGACGACCGAGCUGGCUAUCGUGGCAAAGGCCGGCACUCGUUACCAACCGCUGCCCGGCCUGACCGUCGGCCUUGAAGAGUUUGCCUUCAAGAACACGCAAAGGCGAUCUGCCCUGCGCAUCACGCGCGAAUCCGAGCUUCUGGGUGGUCAAUUGUCUGCCUCGCACUCCCGAGAGGCUCUUGUCCUCAAAGCCAGCUUCCUCCGCGAGGACCUGCCGUACUUUGCCGAACUCUUGGCUGAGGUUGUUUCCAUGACCAAGUACACCACGCACGAGUUUCACGAGGAUGUUGAGCGUGUUCUGCACUUGAAACAAGCCGCUCUCAACGCCAAUGUGCCCGCUCUCGCCCUCGACAAUGCCCACGCUGUCGCCUUCCACACCGGCCUCGGCGCCCCCGUAUACCCUUCGCAGUCGACCCCCCAGAAGUACCUGAAUGAGGAGUACAUUGCUAGCUACGCCGACGUUGUAUACUCCAAGCCCAAUAUCGCUGUCGUCGCCGACGGUGCCUCGCCUGAUGCCUUGUCCAAGUGGGUCAGCCAGUUCUUCAAGGACGUCCCGGCCAGCUCUCAGAGCGGCCAGUCGCUCAAGGUUGAGGCGUCCAAGUACUACGGCGGCGAGCAGAGGACGAACCACGCUGGUGGCAACUCUAUGGUCAUCGCCUUCCCCGGCUCCGACAGCAACGGCUCGAAGCCCGAGAUUGCCGUCCUCGCCGCCUUGUUGGGUGGCAAGCCCACGAUCAAGUGGACCCCCGGCUUCAGCCUGCUCUCCAAGGCCACUGCCGGCUCGGCUGGCCUUUCGGUCUCUUCCGCCAGCCUCGCCUACUCCGACGCCGGCCUGCUGGCUGUUCAGUUGACUGGCCCCGCCGCCGCUGUUCGCAAGGCUGCCGAGGACACUGCGAAGGCGCUGAAGAGCGUUGCGGAUGGCUCGGUGAGCAAGGAGGACGUCGCCAAGGCUGUUGCCAACGCCAAGUUCGACGCCCUUGAGAAGGCCCAGUUCCGUGGGCCGAGCAUUCUCCAGGCCGGAUCUGGCCUCGUGCACAGCGGCAAGGCAUCUGACCUGGCUGCCCUGGCCAGCGGCAUCGACUCUGUCACCGCCGACAAGCUGAAGACUGUAAGUGUUCUUUUUUCUUUGCUUUACGGGCGGAUCCCCAUGUUUGCGCCAUUUUCUCAGCGCAGGCCGGCUAACCUUGUGUGUAAUAGACCGCUAAGGCCCUUCUGGAUGGCAAGGCCACCGUGUCGACGGUGGGCGACCUGUUCGUGCUGCCGUACGCCGAGGAGAUUGGUCUGCGGGUAUAGAGGGAUGCUGGCAUGGACGCGAAAAGCUUGUACCAAUAGUUGUCGAGGUGGUCUAGACGGUGUGAUUGGGGACCUCAUGCCUGUGAAUAUCUGUAGUAGAAAUCCCCUUCGUUCACAUGGCGUUUCCUUUCCUCUAUCUCUUGUGCCAUAUGCCGCAAUUUGUUGGCUUAUUUACAGGUACCUAGUACCUAUGUAAAUUGCCCUACCAGGC